AUGGCAGCUUCCAUUUGUUUACACCAGUACAACCAGCAGAUGACUGCUGCUCACCAUAGAAUACGUUUGUUGUUAUUGAAUGGUGGGGCGAAGGCACUUACCCUGCAACGAUGUGCUGGUCUUGGUAUUUCAGUCUCACACUUAUCUGCUAUCAGAAUGCAAACCAAGGCAGCAGCUCCAAAUGUCUCAAAAGCUACUUGCUGGAAGGAAGACAUUGUUUCAAAGACACUGCAACUCAAUUUCGUGAAAGAGGUUGUCACAAAAAAGAAAACAGCACAGAUCAACAUGUCUCAAAACGAGGUUUCUAGUUAUGAAUGCUUUGCAGACAGUGUGCAUGCAAGUAGCUGCAAAUUACUAGAGAAUGCUGGUAAAGAAGGGUGUCGUAUCUAUUCUCGAAAUGUCAUUGGAAAAUCUUGAGAAGAGCAUUGUGCACUUCGAGUAAGUGAUCUUUUCAUUAUACAAAUUUCCAACACUGACACGUACCAGCCUUCAACAGGUUAAUAAAAAUCAUGGUUAUGUUGUUCCAAUGUUUGGAGUUGAUUCCUUGUCCUUACAUAAUUUAUAUAGUUCAAGACAGCUGGCUGUUUCAAGAUUCUUAGAUAGUAUCUCCUUGGUUGUAUGUUACUGAAGCGACACACCGGCAACAGCAGGGUCCCAGAACAAGGAUUUUGGCUUGCAGACGGACUUAACCAAUAGUUGAGUUUUGCUUGUAACACAGGCUAUCCUUACCCAACUGGAGUUAGUUAUUUCAUUUACUCGUACUUGCAGAUAGUCGUCAGGCCUUGGACAUGAUUUUAAUUGGCCUCUUUGACCAUGAAUUUUUUGUUUUUGAUUAUUAACUUGUUUUGCAGCUUAUACCAGAAAUUUAGUUGUAAGCGCAGAGUCAUCAAUAUAAGUCAUUGCAUUGGACACACAGUUCAAGAACCGUGUCAAAGCUGA